AUGCAGAUGAACACAAAACUGACCGAAACAGCCAAGCACUUCUUCACAGACCCAAACCACCUAGUCCUAACAGCCCUCCACUCUGUAACCCUAACAAACCCCUCUUUGGCCCUCGACAAAGAAAACAAAAUCGUCUUCAGGCGCCCCGACUGCCCCCGCAGCGCGAAAAAAGUCUCAAUAGUAACAGGCGGCGGCUCGGGCCACGAACCCGCCUUUGCAGGCUUCGUGGGUACGGGACUAUGCGAUGCCUCAGUCGCAGGAACGAUCUUCGCCUCGCCGUCGGCCGAGCAGAUCCGGCGUGCGGCAAUUGAUCGCGUGCCGACUGAGAAUGGCGUGUUAAUUAUUCCGAUGAAUUAUACCGGGGACGUGUUGAACUUUGGUAUGGCUGCUGAGAAAUCAAGGGCUGCGGGGAUUCGCACGGAGUUUUUUGCUAUCAAUGACGACGUUGGUGUUGGGCGGGUUAAGGGGGGUAAGGUUGGGAGACGGGGGAUUGGCGGUGGUGUGCUUAUUUUGAAGAUGGUUGGGGCGUUGGCUGAGGCUGGUGGCUCACUGGAUGACGUCUACGCUCUGGCCCAACUGGCAAAUGCAAACCUCGUCUCUCUGGGUUCCUCACUGGAACACGUCCACGUGCCAGGCCGUGGCGUGCCGGAGGAUACCAUCCCGCACGGCGAAGUUGAAGUAGGAAUGGGAAUCCACAACGAACCAGGAUCCCACCGCGUCAAGUUCGACCUCGUCGAGUUGGUCGAGGGUAUGCUCCUCCAACUCCUCGACCAUAACGACCCAGACCGCUGCUAUGUGACCCGCAAGCCGGAAGACAAGUUCGUUCUCCUGGUCAACAACCUGGGCGGCGUCAGUCCGCUCGAAUUGGCCGGUAUUACCGAUGAGGUGUACCGCCAGCUGGAACGCGAUUACCAGGUGAACAUGGUGCGCGUGAUCACGGGGACAUUCCUGACCAGUCUGAACGGCCUUGGAUUCAGCAUUUCGCUGAUGAAACUCGUCGAUCCGGGUUACGGUGCUGGGAAGUCCAUGCUGGAAUUGCUGGAUGCACCCGCUGAAGCUAUUGGCUGGUCUGCGCCAGUCAAGACAGAGACCUGGACGAACAGGAUCGACACACCAGUCGAUCUGAAGACGACUGUUCAAGUCGAGGAUAUCCCCAGCAACUUAACCCUCAACCCCCAGACCGUCCAAAAAACCCUCUCAUCAGGCCUCCGCCGCGUCAUAGCAGCCGAAAGCGAAGUAACCCGUUACGACACAAUAGUGGGCGACGGGGACUGCGGCAUCGGCCUAAAGCGCGGCGCAGAAGCAAUCCAGUCCCUGCUGGACAGCGCAAACCCACCCCUCACAGAUGACAUAGUGGUAACGCUCAACCGAAUCGUGACAGUCGUUGAGAACGUCAUGGACGGCACAUCCGGCGCGAUUUAUGCCAUUUUCCUGAAUGCGUUGGCGCACGGGUUGCGCGCUCAGGAUACGGGUUCUGCCAUGCCUGUUACCACUGAGAUCUGGGCGAAGGCUUUGGAGAUGUCUCUGCAGGCGCUGGGUAAGUAUACGCCUGCUAAAGUUGGGGAUCGGACGCUUGUUGAUGCUCUUACGCCGUUUAUCGAGACGCUUGUUGAAUCUGGGGAUUUGGGGAAGGCGGCUGAGGCGGCUCGUCAAGGGACAGAGAAGACGAAGGGGAUGAAGGCUUCGCUUGGGCGGAGUGUUUAUGUUGGUAGUGAGGAGGAGUGGGUUGGGAAGAUUCCUGAUCCUGGGGCUUUUGGGUUGUCUGAGUUCUUGAGUGGGAUUGCCGAGGGGAUUUAA